AGUAUAAUCAAACAUUUUUAAAUCUAGUUUUUAGAAGAAGAAAACAACAAGAUCAUAUCAUACAUCUACUUAUUCAAAAGGUGAAAAUAUUCUCUGGACUUAAUAGUGUACUAGUAAAAACAGGAUAGAGCUCGACAUCUAUGAUCCACAAUGGGACCUGCAAAUGUAAGAAUCAACCCUGUUGGUGGAGCUGUAUUUAUAGCUCUUGGUGUAUGUGCAGCUUUGUACAUGUUUGGUCUUCCCGACUGGUUCCAUAGAGAGCCCAGAGUUAGCAUGAAAGAACUGUUAUCAGUGUGUAUACAGCUUGCACAAGAAGGGGGCAAAAGAGUAAAAGAUGUAAGACUAGCUAGUAAUGUACUUCAGGAAAAUUUGAAAGGAAAGACUGACGAAGGUGUCAAAGAUGUGAAGACGGAAGGAGAUACACAGUCGCACAGGGCGAUUGUAUAUGGAUUGGCAAAAGCUUUCCCUGGUCUAAAGGUAAUAUCUGAAGAAAAGGAUCUUAAACCUGUGAAUUUACUGGAAAUAAAAGACACAAAUAAGCAUUUAACUGAAGUUGGAGAAACAAUAUCAAGUGAUCAAUCAAUAUCAAACUCAAAAAUUACAGUAUGGGUCGACCCUCUAGAUGCUACAAAGGAAUACACAGAAAAGAAGUUACAGUAUGUGGCCACCAUGGUAUGUGUUGCAGUAGAUGGCCAUCCCACUAUUGGUGUCAUACAUAAACCCUUCGUCAAUGAUAAUAAAGGGGAGACAGUUUGGGCUUGGGUUGGUUAUGGAAAAUCCACUACCUUAGAAGCAGUUAAGACUGAGAAGAAGGAAGGUGAUCCUGAUAGAAUUAUAGUAUCAAUCUCUCACAAAGGGGAUGUAGAAUCAGUGGCUAAAACUGCACUAGGGGAGAAAACUCAAGUUAUCACAGGAGCUGGUGCAGGCUAUAAAACUUUAGAAGUAAUUAAAGGUAAUGCAGAUGCAUAUCUUCACACAACAAAAAUAAAGAAGUGGGAUUUAUGUGCAGCUAAUGCAAUAAUAAGUUCUAUGGAUGGUAAAAUGACAACUUUACAAGGAGAUUUUAUUGACUAUUCAUCUACUACAGAUAAAGUGGUUUCAGAUGGUCUAUUAGUGACUUUGUCAAAUCAUUUUGAUUACUUGAAAAAACUAGCAGGUGCUAUGAAAAAAUCUGAUGCAUAGAGUAUAGUAAUUCUUUUAGUACAAUUAUACAAUGUAUAGGGAUCUUUGUUCAUGAUUGUUAUUGUUAAAAAUGCAAAUUAGCUAUUCUCAACACUUUAAAACUAUAAAUCUCACAUGUUUUCUAAGAUUCAUAACCAAGGAGUUAUCUUAUGGAGUAAUAUGAAAAAGGAAAAGGUGUUUUAUAGGUAUACUUGAAUACGAAGUUCAUCUGUACUUGCAAGACUUAUAACAGUUUUGAUACAUAGAAAGAGAAAGUGGAUAUAGAGUGAUCCACUUUAAAAAUGACAAUACAAGUCAUGAUUGCUGUUUUGAAUUAUAAAUAUUGAGACUCAGUAUUUAAAGAUAUUUUAGGAGGGAAUGAACAAAUUUCAGUCUUAGUAGGUGUGACCCUUCUCAAAUUGUUAUAAAUGAUGAUUUAAGAUAACUUGAUAGUUUAAUUUCAUUUCAAAAUUUAGAGUUUUCUGGUUAAGCCUUCAGAUUAUUUGGUUAUCUAGUCAUUCAAACAUUUGUUAGUCUUCAUGUUUAAAUGGGAUAAUUACUGAAAUGUCUCUCUUGUAAUAUUGUAUGUGUAGUCAUAAUUAUUUAUUUCUGGAGCAGUGUGGGUUAAAAUGUGUAGAGGUUUUUAGGUGGAUAUGUUGAGAUAUAUCAAAUUCAUUAUGAACAGUAUUAUUAAAAUGAUAUUUAUUAAUCUACUGUGUGUCUAAUAAUUGGUUUGUAUGAUUUUAUUAUUGCUAAAUUCUUUAGUCCAAGUCUAAAGUAUAAGUAACAGUAAUGAUCCUGAUAUAAAGUGAGAGAUCAUUUUAAUAGCUUGUGCUGAUUCUGCAUUUCAUCAUAUGCACAAGGGUCCUAAACAGAAUAGAGGGGGGCAGGACUUUUUUUUCGGGACGUCAGGAUUCGUUGUUUUUUAAGCUAGUUUCGAGAUUGAUCCUUUUGGAAUCCGGGAAUUCUUAUUUCAAAUUUCGGAAUGUCAGGAUUUUAAUUUAUUUAAAUUCAGGACCUAAGAAUUUCAUGCUUUUAAGUUUUUAUACGACCGCAAAUUUUGAAAAAAUUUUCGUCGUAUAUUGCUAUCACGUUGGCGUCGUCGUCUGCGUCGUCGUCGUCGUCGUCGUCCGAAUACUUUUAGUUUUCGCACUCUAACUUAAGUAAAAGUGAAUAGAAAUCUAUGAAAUUUUAACACAAGGUUUAUGACCAUAAAAGGAAGGCUGGUAUUGAUUUUGGGAGUUUUGGUCCCAACAUUUUAGGAAUUAGGGGCCAAAAAGGGCCCAAAUAAGCAUUUUCUUGGUUUUCGCACUAUAACUUUAGUUGAAGUUAAUAGAAAUCUAUGAAAUUUUGACACAAGGUUUAUGACCACAAAAGAAAGGUUGGGAUUGAUUUUGGGAGUUUUGGUUUCAACAGUUUAGGAAUUAGGGGCCAAAAAAAGGCCCAAAUAAGCAUUAUUCUUGGUUUUCGCACAAUAACUUUAGUUAAAGUAAAUAGAAAUCAAUGAAAUUUAAACACAAUGUUUAUGA